AUGAGGUGGAAAGGCAGGGGGACGACAACAACAACACACGGCAAUCUAGUAGUGCACAGUGGGAGCAGUGAUGGGGGCAGGAAUGGAGUAGGAAUAUACGUGUCAAAGCAAUACAAACAGACACUUAUCUCCUGGAAUCCGGUAUCCGAUAGAAUCAUCACUGCUAGAUUCCGAUGCAACGCUAGGCACAUUACCAUCGUGCAAUGCUACGCCCCGACAGAAGACGCCAGCGAUGACAUCAAAGACGACAUCUACAAUGCCCUCACAUCUUCACUCACCAAGAGCAAACGAGGUGACAUUAAAAUUCUCAUGGGAGAUUUCAACGCGAAAUUAGGCCCCAACAACAACGGAUUGGAACCAAUCAUGGGCCGACACGGUGUGGGAACACGUAGCAACAAUGGCGACAGGCUGGCCGACCUAUGCCAGACAUUCCAACUAGUCAUCGGUGGCACUGUAUUCCCCCACAAGGAAGUGCACAAGUACACGUGAACAUCACCGAGUGGGCAUAUACGCAACCAAAUUGACCAUCUGUGCAUAAGUAGGAAAUGGAGACACUCCCUUAGCGAUGUACGGAACA